AUGAAAUUUCCUCGAACAUGGGUCCCAAUUGCGUCCACCUAUGAAUUGGAUCCGGAUCGGCCUACGCCAGUGGAGUUUUUGGGCCAGAAAUUUGCCACCUACCAAGAUAAUGACGGUAAUUGGGUUGUAUUAGAUGAUGCCUGUCCCCAUCGAUUGGCACCCUUCUCGGAAGGUCGAGUCGAUCGGGAAACGAAUCGAUUGCAGUGUUCGUAUCAUGGCUGGGAAUUCAACUCGGAGGGUACCUGUAUGAAGAUUCCCCAAAUGACCGAGGAGAUGCAAGCGCAAGUACCGGCGAAACGAUCGUGCGCUACCACGUACCCGGUACAAGUAGUCAAAAAUAUUCUGUUCAUUUGGCCAUGGGAGGAAGAUUGUUUAUCAGUAUUGGGCAAUCCCAAUGCCCAACCCGAAGGAAUUUUGAAGGGAUUUCCUGAGGAUCCGUCUACCUAUACUCGUGAUCUACCCUAUGGUUGGGAUACGCUAGUUGAAAACUUGAUUGAUCCCAGUCACGUUCCCUUUGCACAUCACGGUAUGCAAGGAAAGAGAACAGAUGCAAUUCCCAUCAACAUGACAGUCCCCGAGGACAAAGGUGAAGCAGGCUUUUCGUUUGAAUGGGAAGACCGAACUAUGGGAAUGAUGCGCAGUGGAGGUGGUGAAUUCCGAGCACCCUUCUUGGUAAAUUAUGACGCCAAAUUCAUGACGGAAACACCCCGUCCAUUUCGAUUAUCGUCCCUUUGCAUUCCCACCAAGCCAGGAUGGUCACGGGGUAUCAUCAUUACUUGGAAGAGUGAAGACAAUGAAAAGGCUGAUAGGGAGGCCAUGAAUCCAGCCGAAGUAGAGUUGGCUGCGUUAUCUGCCACCAAACAAACGAAGAAGAAAAAGAGUCUCAUUGGCAUGAUAUUCGCGAACUUGCCCAUUUGGUUGUCUCAUCAACUGAGCAAUAAAUUCUUGGACUCCGAUUUGGCCUUUUUGCACUUUCAAGAACAGGAGCGGGGAAAACGGGCUGAUUAUUUCAUGCCAGCUCCUGCGGAUCGCUGCAUUAGCGCGCUUCGAAAAUGGAUUGACAAGUAUACCAGCGAAGAUGUAGUAGGACCCCUUCCCACCUCCUUGCCACGGUCGGCCAUGUUCGAUAGGUGGUCCCAACACACAUCCCAUUGCAAACAUUGUCAGCAAGGAUUGGUGACUUUGCAAAAGAUUCGAAGGUCGAGCUAUAUCACGUUAGCCUUGUCCGUCUUGGGAAUCAACAAACAUUGGGUACCCAAGAUCACAGCACUCUUAUCACUCGGAGUUUGGAGGAUAGUUUCCAAGUUGGAGAAUUCAUUCCGAGAAGGAGAAUUCAAACACUAUGAGAAUCACUAA